AUGCCGGUUAAUAUUGUCGCCGCUGAAAAGAUUAGAAAGGCAGCUGAGUUGGAGAGUGUUCCUCAUUCAACAACAACAAAUCCAAAGUCAGAUGGUCUUUCACAAUUGUUAGGAGCUGAUAAUCCUGGUCGGUUAAGUGCAAUGGGCAGAGGGAUGAGUAUGAAAAAACUGUCUUUAUUCCAAGUCAACAGGCCUAACUCCUAUAAAGUAUUGGUGGAAACUGCAAUCAAACCAGAUGCAUUCCUAUGGAGACCUACAACUAACAUCCUAAAUAUGGAACAAGCUGUUGGAGAAAUGCUUGCCUGGCCAGAUGACAAUUGUAUUCUCCAAGAAGACAAUGCACCAAAGAGUCCAAAUACAGCUUUUGCAAACAAGUGUACACUACUAAAUUGGAGGGGAAAUGAAGAAGUGGCUGUUGAUGAAGGGCGUUGGCAGUCAAAAGAAUCAGAUGCAUUGGUUAAUGGACUUCCAAUCGGACCUAAUGCAGUAAAGGUACUUGUGGAUGUGGUCUUGAAACCUGAGACAUUUCUAUGGAGACCUACAACAGAAAUUAGUAUCAUAGAGGACUGUUUGAAGACUUUCGUAGCAUGGCCUGCAAGUAGAGUUGUGUUUGAAACAACCACAGAUGAAUCACCACUGUCUAAGUCUCAGAUUCCAACUCCUAAUAUGCAAACAGUAUCAUCUCAUAAUCAGAUAUCUGAAGCAACUCCUUCAGCCCCUGUCAAGAAAGCUAAAAAUGUUAUAGACUCACCUGUUCGGAGAUCGCCGCGUAAAAAGAAAGAGUCAGUUAGCAAGGAAAAUCAGAAGUGCAAAUUGUUGGAUAUUACCGUGAAGAAGCGGGUCGUUGCUGAAGGACAUUGGUCUUCAAACAAUCCAGACCAAGUUGUCUAUUGUGCUCCAUUGGGACCUAAUGCAGUACACGUUUGGAUAGAUGUGGUGAAGGUUAAUGAUGUUGCUGUUUAGAGGUGUACUUCUGCUAUCGAGUGUAUGGAAGAUGCAAUUGGUACAACAAUCGCAUGGCCAGAGGACAAUGUGGUAAUGGUUUGAACUGAAGUACCUUUGUCUAGAUUAUUGGAACUUAUGCUAUUUAGACUUGUGUUGUUUAGCUUAUGGGAACUUAUGGUAUUGAGACUUAUGAAGUUUAGCUUAUGGGAACUUAUGAUAUUGAAACUUAUGUAUGUUGAGACUUAUGUAAUUUUUGGA